ACCUAACCAUUGUGCAAACCACGCAAAAGGAAAAAUAUCAAAAAAGUCUUUAAAGAGGGCAAAGAAAUCACCCAAAUAUACGCAUUCGUCAUUUGGUCCCUCCACUUAGAGAGAAGCAGACAGAACAUAACUAAAAUCGAGAAAAAUGGCAAACAGUGGUGAAGGUAAAGUGGUGUGUGUAACAGGAGCCUCCGGUUACAUCGCCUCAUGGCUCGUCAAGUUCCUACUUAGCCGUGGCUACACUGUUAAGGCCUCCGUCCGUGAUCCCAGUGAUCCGAAAAAGACACAACACUUAGUUUCACUAGAAGGUGCAAAGGAAAGACUUCACUUGUUCAAAGCAGACCUUUUGGAACAAGGUUCUUUCGACUCUGCUAUUGAUGGUUGCCAUGGAGUUUUCCACACUGCUUCUCCAUUUUUUAAUGAUGCCAAAGACCCACAGGCUGAACUUAUUGAUCCUGCGGUCAAGGGGACGCUUAACGUUUUGAAUUCGUGCGCCAAAGCCUCUUCGGUUAAGAGGGUUGUUGUAACCUCCUCCAUGGCUGCCGUUGGUUACAAUGGAAAACCACGCACACCUGAUGUUACCGUCGAUGAAACUUGGUUCUCUGAUCCUGAGCUUUGCGAGGCCUCCAAGAUGUGGUAUGUUCUAUCCAAGACUUUGGCGGAAGAUGCAGCUUGGAAACUCGCUAAAGAGAAAGGCUUAGACAUUGUUACUAUUAACCCGGCUAUGGUGAUCGGUCCUCUCCUACAGCCAACUCUGAACACGAGUGCUGCUGCUAUAUUAAACUUAAUCAAUGGUGCAAAGACUUUCCCAAACUUGAGUUUCGGAUGGGUUAAUGUAAAAGACGUAGCCAAUGCGCACAUCCAAGCAUUUGAGGUCCCUUCAGCUAAUGGGCGUUAUUGUUUGGUCGAGCGUGUCGUUCACCACUCCGAGAUUGUUAACAUUCUACGUGAGCUUUACCCAAAUCUCCCACUACCUGAAAGGUGUGUGGACGAGAAUCCCUACGUGCCAACGUAUCAAGUGUCCAAGGAUAAAACGAGGAGCCUUGGCAUAGACUACAUACCCUUGAAGGUUAGCAUCAAGGAGACCGUCGAGUCCUUGAAGGAAAAAGGUUUCGCACAGUUCUGAGAAAGCAUUUGAGCCAAUGGAUUUAAUCCAGAUUAGAUAAAGUAUUUGGAAGACUAUUUCAGAAAUAAUAUUUGGAACAUGUCAAUGUUCUCAAGGAGAUAUUAGUAUGUUCUUGUGUACUUUAUUGUUGUUCCAUCAAAUGAGUUACUUUUCCUUUUAUUUCUUGUUAGUAAGAUAUCAAAUAAGAAUUCGAGUCAAGUGAGCAUCUUUACACUGAUGAAUCUACAAAUGAUCAAACAAUGAUUAAUGA